UCCCCUGAUCGGGCAAAACGCCGCAAAAUAGAAAACUUGCUUCAAGCCGCAAAAGAGAGGACUUGCUUGAAGCCGCUAAGCAAAACAGAGAACUUGCUUCAAGGUGCAAAGGAGAAAACUUGCUUCUUCUUUUUAUUUAUUUUUUAUCAAUAAAGUGAAAGUCAGAAAACAAGCAGCAAAAUAGCGAACUUGUUUCAAGGCGCAAAACAGAGAACUUGCUUCAAGGUGCAAAAGAGAAAACUUGCUUCAAGCCGCAAAACAGAGAACUUGCUUCAUGUCAGAUAAUCAGUUGUUGCAGUUGAUCUUUAAAGCUUGUGACAACUUCGCACAAUGCAUUCAGACACAUUUCUCACAUUUCAUCGGUAACGCAAUCCACAGUUCCCCCGUAAAUCAACGACCUCUCUUCUCUCUGAAUUCAUCGCCAUCGUCCAAAAUAUUAGAAAAAAAUGAUGGUUCUAAGCUUCUCCAACGCAGAGAGGAUUUAACCCAGGAGCAAACCAAACCUUUGACUAAAGAAGAACUGGGACGUGCUACUUGGACGUUGCUGCACAUGGUUGCAGCUCAGUAUCCUGAUCAUCCAACUAAACAACAGAAGAGAGAUGUAAAGGAACUGAUGGCAAUAUUAUCUCGGAUUUACCCUUGCAGGGACUGUGCAGAUCACUUCAAAGAAGUUCUAAGAGCAAGCCCUGUACAGGCAGAAUCACAAGCUGAGUUCUCACAAUGGCUGUGCCAUGUACACAAUGUUGUCAACAGAAGUCUUGGUAAGCCCAUAUUCCCAUGCCGGCGAGUGGAUGCAAGGUGGGGUAAACUGGAUUGCAAAGAACGUACAUGUGAUGUUCAAGGUGUUACAACAGAGUUUGACUAGGACAUUAUGGAAUGGUAUUAUUGUGGUCAAGUAAAUUAUGUGCAAUUUGUGUCUAACAUGUGCAAAGAUGAACAAUUAUGUUUUAUUUUCUUUGUCCUUCCCUCUUUCGUUUGAUGCCAUUUGAACAUAUUCCUCUGUAGUAGAGUCAUAUCACUAGUCAUUUUGUCAACCUUUAUACUGGUUCAAACUAGUAACUCCAUUCUAGUUUCUAGUGGUACAGUAAAUUUUUAAGUGAUAUUUUUGGAAUUUGCUGAGAGAAAAACAGAGGUUAUAUCAUUCAGAGUUA